UCACUCUACCAGACGGCUACGUGUCGCAGCCCUGUACUUACAAACUCUCGCGAGAUGUGACUGACGAAAGCUGUCGGAUAUUCUUCCUGCAGGAGCCGAGCAGCUGGAUAUUUAAACGGCGACUGGACUGUGGGCUGUAAUAUGAAAAGUGCAAGUGGCCCGCGAAAAGCGGGGCUUGUGGGUGGAAUGGGGUCUAAUGCUACGAGUGGGUGUGUUUCGCCCAAGGCUGCGACUCCUGCGAGCAGUAAAGCAGGACAAGUGUGGGCACCAGAGGGAUCCACUGCUUUUAAGUGCUUAGUCUCCGCCAGGUUCUGUGCAGCACUGCUGAGCAACAUCUCAGAUUGUGAUGAAACCUUCAACUACUGGGAGCCUACUCAUUACCUUGUGUACGGAAAAGGUUUCCAGACAUGGGAGUAUUCACCAACUUAUGCUAUCCGAUCGUAUGCUUAUCUCUGGCUUCAUGCAUUACCUGCCUGGUUUCAUGCCAGUAUCCUACAGACAAAUAAGGUCCUCGUGUUUUACUUUAUACGAAGCUUCCUUGCCUUCCUUAGUUGUAUUUGUGAACUUUACUUCUACAAGGCUGUGUGUAAAAAAUUUGGACUUCAUGUUGGUCGAUUGAUGUUGGCCUUUCUUGUUCUUAGCACAGGGAUGUUUUCUUCCUCUGCUGCUUACCUACCAAGCAGCUUUUGUAUGUAUACUACAGUAGUAGCAAUGACUGGAUGGUACAUGGACAAGAUCUCAGUUGCAGUUUUGGGAGUGGCUGCUGGAGCAAUUUGGGGCUGGCCAUUUUGCGCUGUUUUGGGAAUUCCCAUUGCUUUUGAUGUCCUGUUCCUAAAACAAAAGUGGAAGAGUUUUAUAAAUUGGUGCAUAGUUGCCCUUGUCUUGUUUCUGGUCCCAUUAGUGGCUAUUGACAGUUAUUACUAUGGCAAGCUGGUAAUUGCUCCUCUUAAUAUCAUCUUGUACAAUGUCUUCACACCACAUGGACCAGACCUCUAUGGAACAGAGCCCUGGCAUUUCUAUUUUAUUAAUGGUUUCCUGAACUUCAAUGUGGUCUUUGUAAUGGCCCUCUUUGUGUUGCCUCUGACAUGGCUAAUGGAACAUCUACUGCAGAAAAUUAACACAGCUCCAAAUCUUGGAAGACCCUAUUGGCUAACACUGGCUCCUAUGUAUAUCUGGAUUUUGAUCUUUUUCAGCCAAGACCAUAAAGAGGAGAGAUUUCUAUUUCCCAUCUACCCACUCAUCUGCCUCUCUGGAGCUGUAGCUCUUUCUGCCCUACAGAAAUGCUACCACUUUUUGUUCCAACGGUACCGCUUAGAGCAUUACACUGUAUCUUCGAAUUGGCUAGCUCUAGGGACUGUUGUGCUUUUUGGCCUCCUAUCCAUCUCCCGUUCAGUAGCCUUGUUCCGAGGGUACCAUGCACCCCUAGACCUAUAUCCUGAAUUUCACCAAAUUGCCGGGGAUCCUACUGUGCACACGGUUCCAGAGGGGAGAACUGUUAAUGUAUGUGUAGGGAAGGAAUGGUAUCGUUUCCCUAGCAACUUUCUUCUUCCAGAUAAUUGGCAGCUCCAGUUUAUUGAAUCAGAGUUUAGAGGCCAACUACCAAAACCUUUUGCUAAAGGGACACGAGCAACGAGAAUCAUUCCCAAGGACAUGAAUGACCAGAAUCGAGAGGAAAGAUCUAGAUAUGUGGAUAUUGCAAAAUGCCAUUACUUGGUGGAUUUAGAUUCAGCCAAUGAAACACCACGGGAACCUGUUUACUCUGCAAAGAAGGAAGAAUGGACAGUAAUUGCUUACAAACCAUUUCUUGAUACAACAAGGUCAUCAAAGCUCUUCCGCUCAUUUUAUAUCCCGUUUAUGUCCAGCUGGCACACCUCCUAUCGCAACUACACCAUUUUAAAAGCCCGCAGGCCCAAACAGGUGAAGAGAAGGGGCGGAGUAUAAACAACAACCAUGUCUUUUCAAAGAAGAGCGUGAACUGCAGUUCUACUUCAGACAGGAAUUCCCCAUUGAUAGAAAUUCAGCUGCAUUUGCUGCCACAGUGACGUGUGAAGAAGCCUCAUCGGAUACCUCAUGGAUACUCUACUGUGAACCUCUAAUGUUCUCUGUUUGUCCGCCUAAACAUAUUCCAUUAGUAGUGUUUGUCUUACCAUGAGCCAGCCCAGUUUCUUCUAGGGUUUGGCCACUAUAAUCCACUGUCAGUAAAACAUCUCAGUUAACAUUGAUCAUUUCUUGCUAUCCCUCAAUUUCAGUUUUACCACCAAUAUUUAAAAGAGAUACAUAACAAGCUUUGUGUGGCACAUAUUUUCAUAUGUGCCAUUAAAGGUGAUUGUUGACAAUGCAUCUGUUUAUGUUUAGUGAAUUACAUUAAUUUUUAAAAGUAACUUAACACCACAGCUCUUGAGCUAAGAGGUUUUUUUUUCUUUUGAAGAAUGAGAUUUGUGCUGAUAUUUGUUGCUCAAAGACUUUAUAUUAUCACAUAACACAUAUCACAUAACAUAGUACACUUUUGGGGAAGACACUUGUUUUUUUUCUUUCUUGAAUGCUAAGGAAGGAAAGGACAUACUGUAUAUUUUCAUUGUGCAAUGUAAAGUAUCCGAAUAUAGUCUUUAUUGCACCUGGCAUCCAAUCAUCUACAACUAAACUGCUGGGUAGAGACUGUAUCUGCUUUUUUAUCUUCAGUUAGUACAGGAAUAUAACCCCCUAUCCAAAAACCUUGUCCAAAAUAUUGUUUAUUUUUAAGCAAAUCGUUCUAAUUUUUUGCAGCGAUUUCCUUUUUCUCUGCAAUAAUAUAGCAGUACCUUGUACUUAAUGGUAACUAAGCUACAUGAAGUUUUACCAGACUUCAGGUAUGGAGCUACAAAUUAGAGAUCCCUUAUCCAGAAAACACCAGGUGCCAAGCAUUCUGGUUAAUAGAUCUGUUACCGGUAAUGGACAAAGACUGUUGAAAAGAGAAUCCGAAUAUGACCUACCCGGAAUUACAUUUCUAUCAUUGCUCCAAAUUUUUGUCAGUACAUCACUGAUCCAAAAGCUUUGCAAUAAUGAAACAGGCUCAGCUCCAAAAGCUUUAUAAGGGUAGGACUACACGGGGGCGUUUUCGCUUGAUGCGCUGCUCAAAAACACAGGCGUCAAGUCGGAUGCAAUGGAAAUAAGGUAAGAUAUACAAAUUUCGGAUGAAGUCUGCAUCCGUCAGUUGUGUCGGAACAACGCUGCAACUUCCGACGUGUAUAUCUUACCUUAUUUCCGUUGCAUCCGAUUUGAUGCCUGCUUUUUUGUGCAGCGUGUUGGUUUGCGCCGAAAACGUCCGUGUAGUCCUACCCUAAUUCUCACAUCAACUGCUCUAGUAAAGAAGUUAUCACUGCCACAAUUGUGGCAUUUAAAACACCUGAAAUUGCCUUUGACUGUUUCUCUUGUCAGAGCAUGGGAUGGAAAACGCUCUGCCUGUGGCAGGCACAUGGCAAAUAGCAGACACAAAGCCAGCCUUUCUGAGCAGUGUCUGUCAUGUGGCAACUGAUGUUCUGCAGCAUCUUAAUGGAAAGAUUCAUAGUUUAACUUCACCUGGAAGACUAGUAAGGCCCAGUUUGUGGUGCUUUACCCUGAUCAGUUAUGUUGAAUGAAAGACAAGCCAUAAGUAGUUUAUAUACUCUGGUAAAUGAAUCACCUGGGAAAAAUACAUUCUCUAAGCUCAUCUGCUGAAAUGUACGUUUGCUGUUAGCAACUCAACAGUUCCCUAAUGUUCCCACCUUCAUCACCAGAAAAGCUCUGAUAAUGAACUGGUCAUAGGCAGUGUUGCUGCUGCUUCAUCUUCAUUUUCUAGACCAAAGAACAGCCAGUUAUUGACAUUAUUCUCAACAGAACAAUUAGCAUUUGUUUAUGUUGUGAGUGGGGAGUGUGUGUUCUAUUUUCAUUUUGGUCAUUUUGUUUGUUUUUUUCAUCAAUUGCAACUUUAUUCAUCUAUGGGAUUCUUGUUGGCCCACCUGGAGAUGUUUUGAUACAAUAUUAACUAGGAAUGCACCUAAUCCACUAUUUUGGAUUCGAACCCCCGAAUCCUUCACAAACGAUUCGGCCAAAUCUGAAUCAUAAUUUGCUUUUAUUAGGGGUCAGAAGGGGAAAACAUUCUUCACUUCCUUGUUUUAUGACAAAAAGUCAGAUGCUUUUCAUCCCCUAAUUAGCAUAUGCAAAUUUGGAUUUGGUUCGGCCAAGCAGAAGGAUUCAGCUGAAUACUGCUGAAAAAGGCAGAAUCCUGGAUUCGGAGCAUCCCUAAUAUUAACAUGAGUAGACAUGCAGUAUUUAUGCCUAUUCUAAAACGUGUAAAAUAAAUAUAAACUCCUGCUAA